AUGCAGAAUGCAGAAUGCAGAAUGCAGAAUGCAAAAGGGAGAAUGCAGAUGCAUGGCAACGCAACGCAACGCCCAACUCUAUUGAUUAGCGAGAGGGUCGGGCGGGGCCAGGUGUUGAAGCCACAGGCAGCCACUAUACGCAGUACGCGCGCCCUGGGUCCAACUAGGCAGACAACGCACCGGCCAAAAAGGGGAGUCGGUCGUGUUGUGGAUGGCUGCAGAGGCAAUGUAAAAUGGUUGUUGUCGCAGAGCAGAGCAGAGCAACAACAGGGCGCCAUGGAUGGUGCCAUGACCAUGCCAGGUGGACGAGAGGAUGGCCGCCAGAGAGUCAAGAGUGAAGGCCGCAAGGGCCAACCAAAGUCCAGUCGACCGGCCAAAGGCUUUUGCAGCGUCCGCCUCGGGUCCCGCGUAAGCUGCUUGCAUCCCUGUCCGCUUGUGAAUCAUCUCACCGACUCGGCCAAGAACGGUGGAAAGAUGCCAAUAAAUCCGAGAGCCGUUGGAAAGCAUCGUGGUCAUCCUCCAAGCCCUACGUAG